AUGCUCAUCAUGGGCAAGCAGCAGGUCAAUAUCCAGCUCCUGGUCAACAACACCCCGGUACCAAGGGUGGACAAGAUCAGGAUACUGGUUACUCAGCAGGCCGGGGGUCCUACGCCACCGGGGGUCGGCCUUGCAGAGCUCUCGGCCCGGACCUUGGAACGCCGCCGCUUCUGCUGCCGCCUCCGCCGCCAACACGGCCCCAUGAUGCUGAAGGUGACGAACCGUGUGGAUGGUCGCUGGGAUAUUGCGGCACUGGCCGGACUGGUCAGCUUCUUUGGCAUCGCCACGAGCCGAAACUCAGGGUGGUUUUUCGUCACCUUCGUGGAGGAGUUCCAGGUAGACCGAAAGAGCGCCUCCUGGCCAAACAGCGUGUUGACCAUUAUGUUUAGAUCGUCGGGUCUUCUUGUUGCGUUGCUGCAGAGGUACAUGUCCCUUUUCCACGUCGGUCUCAUCGGGAGCAUCUUCCUUUGGGGCGGCAUCAUAGCAUCGGUGUUUUCACCAAACAUUACUACCAUAACGGUUACUCUUGGCCUACUGCAUGGGCUCGGAGCAGGACUUGUUUUGAUGUGCAACCUUGUGGAAAUCAUGCAGUACUUCCAAAGGUACCGUGGCAUCGCCUCCGGUAUUAAAUUUGUGGCCGACCCCACCAGCGCCAUUGCGUUCCCAGCGUUGCUGUCUUACCUGAGGACCACGUAUGGUUUCCGUGGUACACUACUCAUAUACGCAGCGCUCACUAUGCACGUCACGGCAUUCUCAAUCGUCCUCAAAGAGCCUCCGUGGAUGACGCAAGGCUCGACGGCAGCCAUAACACCGGUUUCAAGCCCACCACCUAAGGAAAAGCGCCAAAAUCGCACCAACUUAGUUACGAAGAUUCGGCAUACGAUGCAACGCGCACCGCCAGAGCUUCUGACGCCCAGCUUCUAUGCUGCCGUCAUCGGAUCCGUGUUGCUGGACUACGUGAACGCCGUGCACUUGUCCACUCUAGUAGACUACGCCCUCGACAGCGGCGUAUCUCGCGCACACGCUGAGUUGACGGUUACCUACGCUUCAGCGCCUGAGAUCGUAGGACGAGUUCUACUGCCACUAGUAGCCGAUGUGGGCGCGGUGAGCAGACCAGCUCUCGUGGCCGGCAACGUGGUGGCGCUGGGCGCCUUUCUCGCCUUGACGCCGGAGACCAGAGGCGCAGCACACGUGGUGCUGCGAGCAGCAUCGUCGGUGGCUCUCGCUACGUUGAUGACCAUGAAGCACGUGCUAGUGGCCGACUACUUCGGCCCGGACGCCGUCGCCCUGCUGUCCGGUGUUUCUGGGGUCCUCCUGGUUCCCGUGCUGCUCAGCAACCCUGCCAUUAUAGGACAUUUCCGGGAUGUCAGUGGCGCCUACGACAAUCUCUACAGAAUACUGGCUGGGAUGGUGCUUGCUAUGGCAGUCGCGUUUCUAGCAUUCAUCUGUUCCUCUAGAAAGUUUGUUUCACUACCCACUGACGACAUUCAAGAGGACUAAAUAACGUCGGUUGCCUGCCUCCUAUGGGUAAAGCAGCAGGCCUUGAUGUAGAUGACAAAAACGCUAUCCUAACCUCUGUUAUUAUGCGUACUAAGCACUGUAGCGGGUUCAUGCCAUUCAUGAGGGCUGUGAAUAUGGCUUCCAGAGUCUAUUUCGAUCAACUUUUUCAUACUUAUUGAAAUUUCUUUUCCUGAAUAACCUCACACGCGACCCCGAGGUAGCAGAGCAAGUGGCUACAGCUCUGGCAAUGCUCGAGGACAAGCGAGAUGUAAUAUUGAGCGACUAGAGACCGGCCAUCAAAGCGUUCGAAAGAAGAAUGUCUGCGACCAGGCGUUACGCGUCCUCCGCGGCGCUGAUCCGAGCUCCCUUAAGCACCACACCGUCACCUGGUUUCCCGUCCACCUGAGUUGGAUCCCGGGCGCCCCGCCCAACCUCAACGAGACAGCCCACGACGAUGCGCGCGCGCUUACCGACCACGCCGUCACCCACAGGCAACCGCGACUCGACGAGUUGGAGCCGAACAGGGACGGCACAGUAACAUACAACGAUAUCACUAAACACUUUUACUUGGGACGACGUCUCUUUCCACACCCACACCCCAAAUUAAACAGGCCGCAGGCGCUAACGCUACACUUGUUACAGACACGUACCUAUCCCAACACCGCCACGUUAAACAUCAUCUACCCGGACGUCUACCCCGACAAUGCAUGCCCCUCGUGCGGCGACACAGUGACACUCGCACGUGCUUUGGGAGUGUCGAAACGCUCCGCCCCACUCUACCUCGGCCAAGGGGGAGAAGACCUUACGAAGCCCACUACUCCAAGACCAGCCAUGAAUGGGCCGUCCAGCAGGUCCAUGCAGUGGCCUCCAGGUACUCCCUGUCGGUCCCUGCGUAGGAGGCGCUCACUGCGCGCUGAGGUGCGUCCUACAGGACCUUUAAUAAAGUUGAUUUAAUCCAA